AAUGAGGGGCACACAGACGAAUUGAUUAUACCCGAUUGCUGUGUGUGUACAACGGCGUGGAGGAGGAGACAAGUGUACUAUCAAUGCACUUGGAAUAAAAAUACCAUCUUUCAUCCAGAGCCGGUUUUAGUAAGAGCCAUAACUAACUGGUUAUUCAUAUACUAAAGGAGUUGAUAUCGGCGACCGUUUGGUUAUUUGUUGCAUAGUAGCGGGGGUGCGGGCCUUUACAAGAGGGGUAAGGGCAUCUAGCAGUAGUUGAAGUAGAAGUGAGGCUGGUAGGUCUCGUCGGCGAGGCGUGGACACUGAGACAGAGUUGACACUCGUCCGGCCUCCCACUGCGAAGCCGGGAGCUGGAGUUUGAAGUAGCAGAAGAGCAGACUCGCCAUGGCGGUAAACUUGGACAAGGACGCAUACUACCGCCGGAUCAAGCGGCUGUACGGAAACUGGAAGAAAGGUGAAGAUGAAUUUGGAAAAGUGGAUGCUGUGGUGGUCUCUGUCGGGGUCGACGAGGAGGUCGUGUACGCUAAGUCCACGGCUUUACAGACGUGGCUUUUCGGCUACGAGCUGACGGACACCAUCAUGGUAUUCUGCGACACCAAGAUCCUCUUCCUUGCCAGUAAGAAGAAGGUGGAGUUCCUCAAGCAGGUGGCAGUAACCAAGGGAAACGAGAACGCCAACGGCGUCCCGCCCAUCACGUUGCUCACCCGGGAGAAGAACGAGAGCAACAAGGCCAACUUUGACAAGAUGAUGGAGGCCAUCAAGGGAAGCAAGGAGGGCAAGACGGUUGGGGUGUUUAGCAAGGACAAGUUCCCCGGGGAGUACAUGAAGAGCUGGAACGACACCAUCACUGCCGAGGGCCUGGGGAUGGUGGACGUCAGUGCGGUGGUGGCGUACACCAUGGCGGUCAAGGAGGACGGAGAGCUGGCGCUGAUGAAGAAGGCGGCGACCAUCACGAGUGAGGUGUACUCCAAGUUCUUCAAGGAGCGCGUCAUGGAGAUUGUGGAUGCUGACGAGAAAGUGCGGCACAGCAAGCUGGCGGAGUCGGUGGAAAAGGCCAUCGAGGAGAAGAAGUUCCUGGGCGGAGCGGACCCCUCAACGGUGGAGAUGUGUUACCCCCCCAUCAUCCAGAGCGGGGGAAACUACAGCCUCAAGUUCAGCGUCGUCAGUGACAAGAACCACAUGCACUUUGGGGCCAUCACGUGCGCGAUGGGCAUCCGCUACAAGUCGUACUGCUCCAACUUGGUCCGUACGCUCAUGGUGGACCCCCCGCAGGAAAUGCAGGACAACUACAACUUCCUGCUGCAGGUGGAGGAGGAGCUGCUCAAAGAGCUUAAGCACGGGUGCAAGAUCAGCGACGCAUACAAUGCGGUCCUGGAGUACGUCAAGAAGGAGAAGCCAGACCUAGUCUCAAAGCUCACUAAGAACUUCGGGUUUGCCAUGGGCAUCGAGUUCCGAGAGGGCUCCCUGGUGCUAAACGCCAAGAACCAGUACAAGCUGAAGAAAGGCAUGGUGCUGAGCAUCAGUCUGGGCCUGGCCGACCUCGUCAACAAGGAGGGCAAGAAGGAGGAGCAGAAGAAGUACGCCCUCUUCGUCGGAGACAGCGUUCAGAUCAACGAGGAGGAGGCGGCCACGGUGCUCACGCCGGUCAAGAAGAAGAUCAAGAACGUGGGGAUCUUCCUCAAGAACGACGAUGAGGAGGAUGACGAGGAAGACGCUGACGAUGCGGAGGAGCUGCUGGGCAAGGGGGCUCGCAGCGCCGCCCUGCUGGCAGACAGAACCAGGAAUGAGAUGACGGCAGAAGAAAAAAGGCGGGCUCAUCAAAAGGAACUGGCCAAUCAGGUGAACGAGGUGGCCAAGCGUCGUCUGACGGAACAGAAGGGAGAGCAGCAAAUUCAGAAGGCCCGCAAAUCCAACAUAUCGUACAAGAACGGCUCCCAGAUGCCUCGAGAAAAGGACAUCCGAGACAUGAAGAUCUUUAUCGACAAGAAGUACGAGACGGUGGUCAUGCCCGUCUUCGGCAUCGCCACGCCCUUCCAUAUUGCCACCAUCAAGAACAUCAGUAUGUCGGUGGAGGGGGACUACACCUACCUGAGGAUCAACUUCUACGUCCCCGGAAGCUCCCUGGGGCGCCACGAGGGCAACAUCUUCCCCAACCCCGACGCCACCUUCGUCAAAGAAAUCACGUACCGGGCGUCCAACCUGAAGGCGCCGGGCGACCCCUCGGUGCCCUCCACCAACCUGCAGAACGCCUUCCGCAUCAUCAAGGAGGUGCAGAAGCGCUACAAGAUGCGGGAGGCGGAGGAGAAGGAGAAGGAGGGCAUCGUGAAGCAGGACAUCCUGUCCGUCAACCUGAACCGCAGCAACCCCAAGCUCAAGGACCUCUACAUCCGGCCCAACAUCGCCCAGAAGAGGAUGCAGGGCUCCCUGGAGGCCCACACCAACGGCUUCCGCUUCACGUCUGUUCGAGGCGACAAGGUGGACAUCCUCUACAACAACAUCAAGCACUCCAUCUUCCAGCCCUGCGACGGGGAGAUGAUAAUAGUGCUGCACUUCCACCUCAAGAACGCCAUCAUGUUCGGUAAGAAGCGGCACACGGACGUGCAGUUCUACACAGAGGUGGGCGAGAUCACCACCGACCUGGGCAAGCACCAGCACAUGCACGACCGCGACGACCUCUACGCCGAGCAGAUGGAGCGCGAGAUGCGCCACAAGCUCAAGUCGGCCUUCAAGAACUUCAUCGAGAAGGUGGAGACGCUCACCAAGGAGGAGCUGGAGUUCGAGGUCCCCUUCAGAGACUUGGGCUUCCAGGGCGCCCCCUACAGGAGCACCUGCUUACUACAGCCCACCUCCAGCUCCCUGGUCAACACCACUGAAUGGCCCCCCUUCGUGGUGACCCUGGACGAGGUGGAGCUGGUCCACUUUGAGCGGGUGCAGUUCCACCUGAAGAACUUUGACGUGGUCAUCGUCUACAAGGACUACAACAAGAAGGUGACCAUGAUCAACGCCGUGCCCGUCAACUCCCUCGACCCCAUCAAGGAGUGGCUCAACUCGUGUGACAUCAAGUACACCGAGGGCGUGCAGUCCCUGAACUGGACCAAGAUCAUGAAGACCAUCGUGGACGACCCCGAGGGCUUCUUUGAGCAGGGCGGCUGGUCCUUCCUGGACCCUGAAAGUGAGGGUAGCGGUGGGGAGGAGGACUCUGAGUCAGAGAUGGAGGACGAGACGUUCAACCCCUCGGCCGACGAAGAGGAGGAGGAAGGGGAGGACAGCGACGAAGACUACGACUCUGAGACGGAGGACUCUGAAUACAGCGGUGCCUCGAUGGGCAGUGAAGAAGAGAGUGGGAAGGACUGGGACGAGCUGGAAGAAGAGGCCAGGAAAGCUGACCGAGAGAGUCACUAUGAGGAGGCGGAGGACACGACCAAGGGCAAGAGGAAGAUCCGCCCCCCGCCCCCCCCACCCAGCAAGAAGAAGCGGCGGCACUGAGCACACACACACAAAACAAUGCUCAUCACACAAACACACACCCAAAACAAUGGCCACGCCCACAAACGGCCCCACCCCGUUCAGCCUUUCGAACCGUGCUACACACACAUGCAUACAGACACACACAGGGGAUGUGUACAUAGAGGUAGAUGCAGGUCGUGUUGUGUUGCUCAAAUGGUAUCGUGUUAAAGUACCAGCAGACAAUGACACACAAAACGUUCGUUUUUUUUGUUGUCAUUUUUCUCCCUCUCCAGUUCCGUGCGUCAGGGUCGCGUGUGUCAGGGUCGUGUGUGUCUGAAUGCCUGCGUGUGUCGUCGUGGGGUUGUGUUCACGGUCCUUCUCGCGGUCCUUCUCGCCUCGUGGAAGACAUGCUGAGAAGUCCUCUGCCAACUUUUUUUAUAUGAGAGUGACAGCCCAAACCCUUAACACCCCACCUGCUCCGCCUUUUCCCCCAUCUCCACCCUCAAAUCUGUUGUCAAGGUUGACAUUUUUUUGUUUUUUUUAUCCGUCUGGGGGGAAAAUAAAUAAUAAAAAUAUUGCUUUUCUUCUAUAGGGACAGAAACAAAUCUUUUUUUCUGCAAUGUCAGGUUCUUUUUUUUUUUUUAUAAAUAUAUAUAUAUUGUUUGUACAUUCUUUCAUACAAACAUACACACAAAACACCCAUCUUCCUCUCCUUUUUUCCAAUUUGACUAGGUAGGUUGUUUUACUUGUUAAUUCUUAAAAUCCUGUUUUUGUUUUUGUAAUAAAAUUAAAAGGAAAUGUAGCCUA